UCGAUAGAUUCUAAGUAGUCCACGUCUUCUUCCUAGCGUUUUUUUUAAUGAAAUUGAAAUGAUUCAAUAAAUCUGUAUAAAAAAUGCGAUUACCUGGUGCCGGCGAAGAAAUAUAAAAGUAAACAGCGAUCUCUCUUUUCUGUGGCAUAAAAUCCUAGCAGCCCGAUGUGGACCGCCGGACGGUUUGCUUAUCUACUCCUCCUGUUGGCACUUGUUGCCGCUCAAAAGAAAACCUCGUCGGUGCAGGAGGACAUUGUCGAGUACAAGGACUUUAAGAAGUUGCUGCGCACCAAAAACAAUGUCCUGACGCUUUUCAUCACCAGUUCAAAAGCUGCCGCCGCUGAGUUAAAAGUAUUCCGAGAGGCUGCUGAGACGAUCCGAGGAACUGGCACAAUGCUGCUCCUGGACUGCGGCCAGCAGGAUCGUAAGAAGCUGUGUAAAAAACUAAAAGUGACACCGGAUCCGUACACGAUCAAGCACUACAAGGAUGGCGACUAUCACAAAGACUACGACCGGCAGUUAAGCGUCGGCUCCAUGGUUACGUUCAUGCGCGAUCCGUCGGGCGACCUUCCUUGGGAGGAGGAUCCGGCCGGAGACGAUGUCCUGCACUUCAGCGACGCUACUACGUUCACGAAGCACCUACGCAAGGACAUACGUCCAAUGUUGGUGAUGUUUCAUGUGCCCUGGUGCGGUUUCUGCAAGAAAAUGAAACCUGACUAUGGCAAGGCGGCCACAGAGCUGAAGUCCAGGGGCGACUAUAUCAUAGCGGCCAUGAAUGUGGAGCGGCAGGAGAACGCUCCCAUACGCAAACUUUUCAAUAUUACUGGAUUCCCCACACUAAUUUAUUUCGAAAAUGGCAAACUGCGCUUCACCUACGAGGGAGAGAACACUAAGGAUGCUCUGGUCGCUUUUAUGCUGAAUCCAAAUGCCAAGACGACACCAAAGCCCAAGGAACCGGAAUGGUCAGCCGACACCAACUCUGAAAUUGUCCAUCUCACCACUCACGGCUUUGAGCCGGCAUUAAAGGACGAAAAGGCCGCCCUAGUCAUGUUCUAUGCUCCCUGGUGUGGACACUGUAAACGCAUGAAGCCCGAGUACGAAAAGGCCGCUCUGGAGAUGAAGCAAAAUAAGAUUCCCGGACUGUUGGCCGCACUUGAUGCUACCAGAGAGCCGACCAUUGCCGAAAAAUACAAGGUCAAGGGCUAUCCAACAGUCAAGUUCUUCUCCAAUGGUGUUUUUAAGUUCGAGGUCAACGUGCGUGAAGCUUCGAAAAUUGUCGACUUUAUGCGAGAUCCCAGGGAGCCCCCGCCGCCUCCGCCACCUGAAAAGAGCUGGGAAGAAGAGGAGGACAGCAAGGAAGUCCUAUUUCUUGAUGACGAGACUUUUAGUUCGACACUAAAGCGGAAGAAACAUGCUCUGGUCAUGUUCUAUGCUCCAUGGUGCGGACACUGUAAGAAUACCAAGCCGGAGUUUACAGCAGCCGCCACAGCUUUGCAAGAUGAUCCUCGUGUGGCAUUUGUAGCAGUCGACUGUACAAAGCAUGCCGCUCUUUGCGCAAAAUUCAAUGUCCGCGGCUAUCCCACCAUUCUGUAUUUCUCGUACCUCAAAACCAAACUGGAUUAUAAUGGAGGACGCACCAGCAAGGAUUUCAUAGCCUACGUAAACAAUCCGCCGAGCACGGCCGAACGCACUGAGCUGUGAUACGCUGCCGCCUAGUACAAUUUAACAAUCUCCCUUUUGUAUUAAACCAUGAGACCUUUUAUAACCUUUAA